UGAGACUGCACACACACCCAACCCGCUUGGUUGCGAGCUGCGUCAUGGCGGGGAUGGAGCCCCGCAAAACCCCUCCGGAGUACUUCCUGGAGAUCUUCGCCGACACCACCCAUGUGCGAGAUGUACUGAAGGGUGUCCUCAACCUCAUUUUCUUCCACCGUUACUUCCCUUCAAUUCGGCCAGUCACCUUUGACGUGCUGGACUUCACACUCCCCGCUAUAAACGAUGCAGAUCUAGAGACACUGAUUGAAUCGCGGAUAUCCACUCUGGUCCGGCAGCACCUGUCCUCCGCAGCCGGCGGGCAGGAUGGCCAAAUUGUCGGUGGAGGCGGGGGUGUGCGAGGGCGAAUCGCAAUCGAGUUCUACGACAAGAAACGGCGUCGUUCGGGGCACUGGUUUGGCGGACUGACAGGGAAAGGCGAGGAAGAGGUAUGCUGGGAGAUUUGGACACUUGAUGUGACAAUCGCAACACCGCGCACUGAGUCCGAACGAGCCAAGGUGCGCAAGGCCAUGGGAAAUAUGCUGCAAAAGGCAGCUUUAAAAAUCUUGAGCGUCGUCAAUCGAGACAAAGAUCAUAUCCCGCCCAUCACCACCAGCGACUCCAACCCAUUCCCCUAUAGGAUUGUAGUCAACCCUCGUGCUGACGGCUGGGGCAAUCGCAUCGGUCUCUACUGA